AUGCAGAAACAGUCUCGAUUCUCGCGGAUCAGCAGCUACAUCCCCGUCCCACAGCCUAACGUCACCGGCGAGUCGAACAAGGCCGAGCCUGCCAAAUUCGCCAUCUCCAUCACUCUCCUCACACCAGGCCUACCGAUCCCGUACUCGACUCCAAAGGCCACAGAGGCAAAUCCGUAUCCAAAACCGCAGGUCGUUGGACAGCUUCCGUCGCAGAGCGGUGAGCGGGGUAAAUACAAUGGGGUCGUCAGUCCCUACAUACAGAUGACGAACUCGGACAACGAGACGAUCGCUGCAUACAUCUACUUCGACGGCCGGAGCAAGGAAGAGGUUGCUACGCUGCUCCGCCCGGGAGAGGAGACGUGGGUCAACAGCAGAUGGGUUCAGGUACCUGAUGCCGAGGGCGGUGGUCUUGCCGAGAGAGAGUUCCUUUUCCGAGAGGUUGGUUUGGAGAGAUGGCUUAACGGCCUGGACCUCAAGGGUCACGAUGCGGCAGAGAAGUUGGAGAAGCGAAGGCAGAAGUUCGAGAAACGUCGCCGGAGACAGCGUGCAGCUGAAGAGGGCAACGGUAUGGAAUUCGAGAAGAAGGACGGUACUCGGGACACACUACGAUACGGCAAUGACGAUGGCUCCCCAGUUGAAGCAGUAUUUGACGAGGAUGAUUCUGAUUCUCUAUCCGACGAUGACGAUAUACCCGAGGCGACAGGCCAGAUCAAGGUUGCCAUGUUCCGAGUGAUAGCUAGUGGCGAAAUCAAGAAGGGCGAGUACUCACCGCAGUUCGAUGCUCAUGAUGAUGACGACGAGUUUGGAGCUGGGAAUUCCAAUGGUGUAGACGCGGAUGUUGAGCACACUACUAGUUUUGCUAAACCCAAGACGCUCGAUCCGAAGACAAUCAGCACCCAGACAGUGACUGGCAUUGACGGCCCUGACAAGCCAUAUGCCACCUUCACAUUCUUCUACCGUGGCGAGCGUCAACUACAGAAAGUGGGCAUCCUACCUUCGUCUAAGGGACAGCAAACUACUCCCAGUGCAGCGAAGCGAAGAUCUGCUCAACUAGACUUCUCCACUCUUGGGCCUCUGAAAACAACUGGAACGGUAGGCUUCUCGGCUUUCAGAGACCAAGACACGGAGUCGGCGAGACGAAGAAAGUCGCGGAAGAAGAGCAACGGGAGCGCCGGCGGUGCAAUGGACGAAGACAGCGACGACGAUGACGACAGUGAUGCAAUCUUGGGUAAGAUGGAGGACAUUGACGAGAAGGAGGAUAAGACCAAGCUUGUCGGUCCCGAUGAUGCGACAUUCUCUGGUGAGCUUGCCGACGGUGUAAACAGGAUACGCCUGAAGAGACAACUCUCCGCAGAGCCGGAGAGCGCAAGCAUAUCCAGCAGGAAAUCUCCAAGCACAGGUCCAUUCGGCGAGAGCACACCGUCGGAUUCGACUUCGGCCAUCGGCCAACCUAUACCGGGCGCUUCUGCAGCAUCAUUGCUUAGCAAGAGCGUCCCAGAUGAUGCUAUUGUCGGUAGCCCCCUCAAGAAGCAGCGGGCCAGCAUCUUUGAUGGCGAUUCGUCACGACGAGAAACACCACAGCUGGGUGAUAUCCUUGCCAAAGCGGAGGCAGCUCAGAAAAAUCAGGCCUCGCCAGCACUUCCGCCCGCAGCGGCUGUUAAGCAAGAAGAUAGCGACGAGGAACUCUAG